AUGGCUUCUUUCAACCAGGAGACGACGCCUAAGGCGUCGGAGCAAAAUCGUGUCGCGGGAGAACAUGAUAUUGAGAAGAACACCGAUCAGAAUGUGGUUGACAUCCAUGCCGACUCUUUGAAGAAUGAGUCGCAUGGCAGCCCGGAACACAAGCAAGAAGGUGUCAAGAAGGUGGAGGCGAUCACAUCGGUGUGGUCUAUGAAAAUGUUCUGGAUUGUCUUCGCUCUCUUGUACCUCGUUACCUUCACCGACGAUCUGUUGCAGUCCGUACAAAGCAAUCUAACGCCCUACGUGACCUCUGCUUUCGGACAGCACGGACUUUUGGCCACAACCAGCAUUGUCUCCACGAUUCUCGGUGGUGUCUCCCAGCUCACCAUCGCUAAGAUUAUCGAUAUCCGUGGCCGUGCCGAGGGCUUCGUCGGUAUGGUCUUCCUCAUCGCCAUCGGCAUGAUCAUGAAGGCUACAUGCCAAAAUGUCGAGACCUACGCCGCCGCCCAGACCAUUUUUUGGGUCGGCUACCUUGGGCUGAUAUACAUCAUCACCAUCGUUCUAGCCGACAUGACGACUCUGAAGAACCGCAUGACCCUUAUCGCGAUUAACGGCACGCCCACUAUUGCCACAACCUUUGCUGGACCCAAGAUUGCGCAGCUCUUCUACGACCAGGUCAAUUUUCGCUGGGCCUUCGGUGCUUUCGCCAUUAUUUUGGUUGCUUUUAGUAUCCCAAUCGCCAUCAUUUUCUUCUUUAGCGAGGCCAAGGCCAAGAAGACCGGUCUGAUCCCUCCUAAGGAGAAAACUCGUUCCACUGUGGAGUCCGUUAAGCAUUAUUUCGUUGAGUUUGACAUCGUCGGUUUGGUUUUGGCCAUGAGUGGAUGGUCCAUGCUGCUCUUGCCAUUCUCCCUCGUGUCGAAUGCGACCCACCAAUGGAAAAGCCCAACCAUUAUCUGCCUGAUUGUUUUCGGGUUUAUCGGUCUGGUUCUCUUCGCGGCUUGGGAGAAGUUUUUUGCCAAGGUUUCUCUGUUCCCCUACCACUUCCUCAAGGAUAGGACUGUCCUUGGUUCAUGCUUAGUCUAUGGCAUCAUGUUCAUCUCCAUCUACUGCUGGGACUCCUACUACCAGUCUUACCUGCAGGUUGUGCACAACCAGGACAUAACCAGCUCUGGUUACAUUCUGAACGCCUUCAGUUUGACUUCAGCCAUCAUCUCCCCUUUUGUUGGUUUGGCAAUCCGUUACACUGGCCGCUUCAAGUACAUCGCCAUCGCUGGCGUGCCCAUCUGCAUCCUUGGCACUGCUCUGCUCAUUUAUUUCCGUACCCCCACGACUACCGUCGGCUAUCUUGUCAUGUGUCAGAUUUUCAACGGCGUUGCUAGCGGCAUCUUCAGCAUCUGCUCGCAAAUUGCCAUCAUGUCGUGCGUCACUCACCAGGAGAUUGCUAUUGCUCUUGCUCUACAGGGUCUCUUCGGUUCUAUUGGAGCCGCCAUCGGGCUCGCCAUCGCUGGCGGUAUCUGGAACAACGUUCUUAAGAAGACACUCUAUCAGCAGCUUCCUGCAGACAGCAAAGACCUCACAGACAGCAUCUUCGCCAGUAUCACCACGCAGCUUUCGUACCCCAUGGGCAGUCCCAUCCGCGAGGCUAUCAUUGUCGCCUACUCAGAUGUCCAGAGAAAGAUGGUUAUUGCCGGCUGCGCUUUCAUUCCCUUGAUUUUUCUUUCGUUGAUAAUCUGGCGUAACAUCAAUGUCAAGACGAUUGAGGAGGAGAAAGGCAAGCAGACGAAGGGAAAUGUGUUCUAA